AUGCCGCGGCGCCUGCAGCCCCGGAGCGCGGGCACAAAGGGCCCGCCCGGCACGACCGCGGCGGCUUCGGAGGCCGCCUCGCGCCCCCACCCCUCACCCUCCGGGGACCCUCCGGCCUCCGCCAAGCCGCUGCUGCGCUGGGACGAGGUGCCCGACGACUUUGUGGAGUGCUUCAUCCUGUCGGGCUACCGGCGGCUGCCGUGCACGGCGCAGGAGUGCCUAGCCUCGGUGCUGAAGCCUACCAACGAGACGCUGAACUUCUGGACGCACUUCAUCCCACUGCUGCUGUUCCUGAGCAAGUUCUGCCGCCUGUUCUUCCUGAGCGGCCGCGACGUGCCCUUCCACCAUCCGUGGCUGCUGCCGCUGUGGUGCUACGCUUCGGGCGUGCUGCUCACCUUCGCCAUGAGCUGCACGGCGCACGUGUUCAGCUGCCUGUCGCUGCGCCUGCGCGCAGCCUUCUUCUACCUGGACUACGCGUCCAUCAGCUACUACGGCUUUGGCAGCACUGUGGCCUACUACUACUACCUGCUGCCCGGCCUGAGCUUGUUGGACGCCAGGGUGAUGACCCCGUACGUGCAGCAGCGCCUGGGCUGGCACGUGGACUGCACGGGCCUCAUUGCCGCUUACCGCGCGCUCGUGCUGCCCGUGGCCUUCCUGCUGGCCGUGGCCUGCACCGUGGCCUGCUGCAAGAGCCGCACCGACUGGUGCUCUUAUCCGUUCGCGCUGCGCACCUUCGUCUUCGUCAUGCCCCUGAGCAUGGCCUGCCCCAUCAUGCUCGAGAGCUGGCUCUUCGACCUGCGGGGCGAGAACCCCACGCUCUUCGUGCACUUCUACCGCCGCUACUUCUGGCUGGUGGUGGCCGCCUUCUUCAACGUGAGCAAGAUCCCCGAGCGCAUCCAGCCGGGCCUCUUCGACAUCAUCGGCCACAGCCACCAGCUCUUCCACAUCUUCACUUUCCUCAGCAUCUACGACCAGGUGUACUACGUGGAGGAGGGCCUGCGCCAGUUCCUCAAGGCGCCGCCGGACGCACCCACCUUCUCGGGCACCGUGGGCUACAUGUUGUUGCUGGUUGUCUGCCUGGGGCUGGUCAUCAAGAAGUUCCUCAACAACACCGAAUUCUGCAGUAAAAAGUGA